UAGCGAGAGAGAAAAAAGGGAGACUGUAGUGUCGCGUGUGUCUUUGGAUGAACAGAAUGGCCUAUUUAUUGUGAUGGUGUCGUGAGGAUAAGUCCACUAUCCAUUGUGAUUUCCAUGUAUGAUGUUGUGUUAGUAAAUGUGUAUCACUGAAAGGAAGUUUUUGGACACAGAAGAGGUGACUAACUUGAGAAAGGCCCUGGAGCAAGACAAGACCCUGGAGGACAAUUACUAUACCAGGGACGAUGGGGAUGGAUAUCAGGCCAAAACGGCCAACUGGAAUCACCCUGUGGAUGACAUAACCGGGAUGAUAGGGAGGAGUGAGAAAGCUGUCGGUACCAUGGAAAAGCUUUUAGGGGGAGAGGUAUAUCAAUAUCACGCCAAAGUCAUCAUGAAAGAACCAUUCACAGGUGGUGCGUUUGUAUGGCACCAGGAUUACGGUUAUUGGUACGUUUACGGCAAUCUGUUUCCGGACAUGGCCACAGUGUGGAUUGCUGUGGACAGAGCCGAUAAGACAAAUGGAUGUCUGCAGAUAUUGCCAGGUUCUCAUCGAGCUGGUCGAAUAGAGCACGUGAAAGUUGGUGACCAAGCAGGGGCUGAACCGGAACGCGUAGAGUUCCUGGCCAAAGUUUGUCCCUUGACCUACGUCCAGCUUGACCCUGGAGACGCUGUGAUAUUUCACUGUAAUCUGGUCCAUCGAAGUGACCAGAAUCACAGCCAGAACCGGCGCUGGGCUUACCUUGUUUGCUAUAACCGUGCAUCCAAUGACCCAGUGUAUAAACAUCACUAUCCAAACUACACGCCCCUGAUUAAGGUACAGAAUAGCAGAAUUAAGGAAUGUGGCACUAGAGAACCCACCGAAGGAAAACUAUUUUUUCAAGGACCGAAAAGAGAGCGUGACCCUGCUAUAGAAGUGCUAGAGAGGAAGGCUUAA